CUCAUCAGUCAGUUUUAUUAGUCGUGACUGUUCACUAGCGUUUCGUAGCGAGUUUUUAAUAAAUAAGAAAAUUUAUAGAAAAAAAAUUAAUUUUUUUUUCAAGUUGAAGUUUUUUUUUUUUUCUUUUAUAUUCAAUCCGCGGCGCCUAAAUACAAGCUUUUCAAAAAUUUUGUCAAAUGGAAAUAUAAUUAAAUUUAUAUUUUGCGUGGAUUUUAUUAUACUUAAAUUUUAAUAUUCGAUUUUAUUGUAAAAUUUUUAUGGUAUAAAAGUGAAUUUACAUAUGUUUUUAAUAUUUUUAAUUUAAUGUACCCAUAUUGUAUGUUUACAUACAUGCAUACAUACAUACAAAAUUGAGUUAAUUUAUAUUUUAUGAAUUAAAUAUUAAAAUUUACGACAAAAGCAACAACAACAACAACAAAAAAUUAAAAUGUGGAAAUAAAAAAAAAAUAAAUUCAGUUAAAAAAAUUAAAAUUCUUGGCAAAGAUGGCAAAUGUGAAUUUAUUACGGAAUGAAGUAGUGAAAAAAAGAAGAGUAAAAUUAAAAUAAAUUCACAUAAGAAAAAAAAAUGGAAUUUGUGUCGUGUUACAAAUAUAUCAGCACAGUGUCGUUAUCGUGUCAAAAUCUUGCAAACUCAAAAUAAAAACCAAAAAUUGUUUUAUUUUAAAAACACACAAUUUUUCUUUUAAUAAAUAAAUGCCUUCCUUGCAAAUAGAUUUUUUUUUCAUUAUUGUUCCUACAGAAAACAAGACAAAAAUAAAUUAAAAAAAAAAUCAAGAAAUCUGUCAAACCACAUUAAAGAAAAUAUCAACCUUAACAAUGAACUUGCAUUUACAUAAAAUAUUUAAAAACAAAAAAAUUUAAACAACAUUUUAAAUUGAACAAAAAACUCUACGUAUUCAUUAAUGGAACACAUUUUUAACAUAAAACGCAAAGACCAGAAAAAAGUUGUGCAAUAUUUAAAAUCAAAGAAAAAGAAAAAAAUAAACAAAUUAAAAAAUUAAAAUAUUUAAAACAAAAAAAAAAUAAAGAAAGAGAGACAACGGCUGUAAACGAUUGAUCAUUUUUUUUAAAUAUUCGUGAAUAUAUAUAUAUAUAUAUAUAUGUAUAUAUAUGUAUAUAUAAGCAUAAAAUGAGCGCCCACGCUCACAAAAUCAUUGACAUCCAAAAUGAAAAGAAAACAUUUGUUUUUUUUUUUUUUGGAUAGUAAAAGUUAAUGAAAAAUCAUAACAACAGCAAUAACAGCAACGCAAUACACAGCAAACAUCGUCAAUUUUAUAUUAUAAAGAGUUGAGAUAACAAUAAAUGGCGCAAUAAUAAAAAAAAUAAUAAAAAAAAUUAAAAAUUUUUUUUUUCUUGCUGUGACGCUUUAACCUAUUAAAUCCCGGCAAAAAAAAAAUCAUAAAUUUAAAAAAGAAAAAACAAAGAAAUUAUAAAUAUUUAUAACGGUAGACGGGAAAAAAAAUUUUUUUUAAUAAUGAUGAAUGUUGAUCAUCUCAUAAUAAAGUGAUGUGCAAUAAACCGGAAUAAUGAAAUUUUAAUAAAAUAAUUGAAAAUAAAAUCAAAUAUAAUUAAAAAUCAUAAUAAUAGAAAAAAUAAAUAAAUAAUAAAAAGAAAAAUAACUGUUUUUUUUCUAUAAAAAAAAAAGAAAUCAUCAUGACAUCAGUGGCUAUGAAUAUGGUCUUUUUUAAGGAUCUUAAAACAAAAAUAAAAGGAUAUAUUUUUCAUGGCGAUUAUAUAAAACACCCAGUGUUAUAUGAAUUAAGUCACAAAUAUGGUUUCACAGAUAAUUUACCAGAGAGUGCAUUACCAAAUCGUUUAGAAGAAAUUAAAGAAGCUAUAAGACGUGAAAUACGUAAAGAAUUAAAAAUAAAAGAAGGAGCUGAAAAAUUACGUGAAGUAGCAAAAGAUCGUCGUUCAUUAUCAGAUGUUGCAUCAAUUGUUAAAAAAAGUAAUACCAAAUUAGCUGAAUUAAAGUCUGAAUUACAUGAAUUGGAAAGUCAAAUUUUAUUAACACAAGGAAAUACUGUUACAAGUAAUAAUGGACCUGAUAACUUAUCAUCCUCCUUGACAACAUCGAAUAAUCCUGAAUCAACAACAAAUGAUAAAUUAUUAAUGUCAUUAGAAAAACAAUUAAAUAUUGAAAUGAAAGUUAAAAAUGGUGCAGAAAAUAUGAUUCAAUCGAUAUCAAGUGGUCAUCACGGACGUGAUAAAAAAUUAUUAGCUGAAGCUCAACAAAUGUUAGCUGAUUCAAAAGCAAAAAUUGAAUUUUUACGUUUACGAAUAUUAAAAGUUAAACAAAAUAAAGAUCAAAUGCAUCGUUUAUCAGCAGCUGGAUCUGAUGAAAAUGGCGGUGAUAAUAAUCGUCCAGAAAGAUUAGAAACAUCAUUAGAGGAUCGUAUUGAAGAAUUACGGCAUAGAUUAAGAAUUGAAGCAGCUGUUGUUGAUGGAGCUAAAAAUGUGAUAAGAACUUUACAAAGUAAUAAAGUUCCUGAUAAAAAGGCUCUACAAGAGGCUCAAAGUAGACUUUCAGAAUCAUCACGAAAACUUGAUUUGUUACGUUUAUCAUUAGAAUUACGUCGUCAAGAAUUACCACAUGAUUCACCAGCAGCUCAACAAUUAAAAUCAGAAUUACAAAGUGUUCAAGCAUCAUCACCAAUACCAGUUACAUAUACAUCAUUGCAACCAUUUCAAGGUGGUUUCGGUGGUAAACCAUAUCAAGCUGUAUCAUCGCUGGGUCGUUGUGCAUCUGUUACCGGUAAAUUAGAAGUACGUUUAAUGGGAUGUCAAGAUCUAUUAGAAGAUGUACCUGGACGUUCUAGACGUGAUAAAGAUAAUAAUUCAUCACCAUCCGGUGAUUUAAGAAGUUUCGUUAAAGGUGUAACAAGUCGCAGCUCAUCAAAAAGUUAUAAUGUUAAAGAUGAAAUAUCAUCAGAAAUAAUGGCUGUAAUUAAAUUGGAUAAUAUUACAGUUGCUCAAACAUCAUGGAAACCAUGUUCACAACAGGCAUGGGAUCAACGUUUUUCAAUUGAUCUAGAUCGAUCACGUGAAUUAGAAAUUGGUGUUUAUUGGCGGGAUUGGCGUGAAUUAUGUGCGGUAAAAUUUUUACGUUUAGAAGAAUUUAUUGAUGAUGUACGACAUGGUAUGGCAUUACAAUUAGAACCUCAAGGAUUAUUAUUUGCUGAAAUUAAAUUUUUAAAUCCAAUGAUAUCACAGAAACCAAAAUUACAACGUCAACGUAUGAUAUUUAAUAAACAGCAAGUAAAGAAUAUACCAAGAGCUAAACAAAUGAAUAUAAAUAUAGCAACAUGGGGUCGUUUAUUAAAGCGUAGUACACCACAACAAAAUCAAAAUCAAACGCAAAUAUCAAGAACACCAUCAUCUGGUGGUACAUCAGAUACAGAACCUUAUACACCAGGUCCAACACCAGUUAUAUUAAAUUUCAGUCAAGGUGAUAUUGAUACUGAAAAUACAGAAACACCAGGUGAAAACCCUGAUCUCACAACAAUGGGUUUAGGUGGUGCUAGACCACUUAGUUUACAAGGUAUUACAGCUUUACCACCAGAAACACCACCAUCAUCUCAUUUAAAUAAACAAAAUAAUAAUCAACAACAACAACAGCAGCAACAGCAACAACUGCAACAGCAAUUACCAUCCCCAGUACAAAAUGAAAGACAAAUAUUUGCUGGGCAAAAACCACAAAAGAAAACACCAAUGCCAUCACCACCUCCGCCACCAGUGAUUCCACCACCACAACAACAAAUACCUAAAACUGUUCAAGAUCAGGAGUUACAGAAUGCUUUGAGAGAGUUUGAUUUUCUUAAUCAAAUGGAUCAAACAACUUUACAUUAUAAUCAUUCUUUAUCGUCAUCGAAAUCACAGUUUCAACAACAAUUUCAACAACAACAGCAACCAUAUUCACAUCAUUUAUCUUUUCAUCAGCCAAAGUCAACAUCAGCAAUUUACCAAAAUCAAUUACAACAGAAGUCACAAUUUCAAUAUCAACCAAAAUAUGGUGAUCAUAAUUUACAACCACAACAGUCAUUUAUAUAUCAACAACAACAAAGGCAACAACAGUUGUAUCAACAACAGCAACAACAACAACAGCAGCAACAAUUAUAUUCACCACAGGAACAGAUAUAUGCGAAUAGUGAUCAACAGCAACAACAACAACGUCCAAUGUUAACAAUACCAAUAAAUCCUGGUCCUGUUGUAUUUCAUAGUGGUUCUAAUAAUAUAACACCUAGUCCUAUUAUUGAAAUGCCACCAUCACCGUCACCAAGUUUAUCACAAAUGGUCAAUUAUCCUGAUUAUGAUGAUGAUGAUGAUAAUGAUGAAUGCAAUGAUGAUCGUAUUAGUGUUGGUGGCGUUAAAAUAAUUGAUGUUAGUUUGUGUGGUGUAGAGAUAAUAUCACAAUUUGGAAAUUUGGCUGUUAAUAAUAAUCAACAACAGCAACAACAACAACAACAAUAUGUACCAACAUCUCCUAUAAUACAAGAUUCAUCUAUACCACAACAGUAUCAACAACAACAACAACAACCACCAUUUACACCGCAACCAAUGCAAAGGCAACAUAUUCCUAAUGCAGUUAUUCAACAACAACAACAACAGCACCAACAACAACAACAACCAAUUUAUCAAAAUCAAUUUGAAUUGGUUAAUAAUUCUGUUGGUUUAAUACAACCAAAUAUUAUUCAACAACAGCAGGCACAUCAACAACAACAGCAACAACAACAACAACCAUUACCAGCUAAUCGUAGAGUUGUACAACGUUUACAAUAUCGUGAUUCUGCAUAUGAAUCAAGACGACAAUCACAAUCAACUGGUAAUCUAUCAAUUGAUAAUUUCCGUUUAUUAAGUGUAUUGGGACGUGGUCAUUUUGGUAAAGUUAUAUUAUCACAAUUAAAAACAAGCAAUGAAUAUUAUGCAAUAAAAGCAUUAAAGAAAGGUGACAUUAUAUCUAGAGAUGAAGUUGAAUCAUUAUUAAGUGAAAAAAGAAUAUUUGAAGUUGCUAACGCAAUGAGACAUCCAUUUUUAGUUAAUUUGUAUGCAUGCUUUCAAACUGAGCAACAUGUUUGUUUUGUAAUGGAAUAUGCCGCUGGUGGUGAUCUAAUGAUGCACAUCCAUACAGAUGUAUUCUCAGAGCCACGUGCUGUGUUUUAUGCUGCAUGUGUUGUUUUAGGUUUACAAUAUUUGCAUGAAAACAAAAUUAUUUAUCGUGACUUGAAAUUAGAUAAUCUGUUAUUAGAUACAGAAGGUUAUGUAAAAAUCGCUGAUUUUGGUUUAUGUAAAGAAGGUAUGGGCUUUGGUGAUCGUACUGGAACAUUUUGUGGUACACCAGAAUUUUUAGCACCAGAAGUUUUAACUGAAACAUCAUACACAAGAGCUGUAGAUUGGUGGGGAUUAGGAGUUUUAAUAUUUGAAAUGCUUGUUGGAGAGUCUCCAUUCCCAGGGGAUGAUGAAGAAGAAGUUUUUGAUUCAAUUGUUAAUGAUGAAGUUAGAUAUCCAAGAUUUUUAUCAUUAGAAGCAAUUGCUAUUAUGCGAAGGCUUUUACGAAAAAAUCCCGAAAGACGACUUGGUUCAUCUGAACGUGAUGCAGAAGAUGUUAAAAAACAAGCAUUCUUUAGAACUAUUGCAUGGGAUGAUUUAUUAUUGCGGAAGGUCCGACCACCAUUUGUGCCAACAAUUCGACAUCUUGAGGAUGUAUCAAAUUUCGAUGAAGAAUUUACCUCUGAAAAACCAGCAUUAACACCACCAAAAGAACCGAGACAUUUGACUGAAGAAGAGCAUAUGUUCUUUGCAGAUUUUACAUAUACAGCUGAUUGGUGUUGAUGUUAAUUUAUUAGAUUAUAAAAUUUUAUUAUUAAAAUAUUGUUUAAUUAAAUGAAUAAAACUACUAAAACCUAAAAGAAAUAAAAUAAAAAAUUCAAACAACUUAAAUUCAUAUUAAAAUUACUAUUUUUUUUUUUUUUUUUGUGAACUAAAUUAUAUAUAUUUAUAAAUAAAAAGAAAGAAAAAUAAAAAAUUAAUAUUAAAAUUUUUAUAUUUUAAUAAAAUAUUCACUCAUAUAUAGAAUGUAUAAAAUAUAAAAGUUAAAGUAAAAGUUAAGUUAAAUUAAAUAACUGAGCAUUAUUAUGUAACUGAAACAGCAAUUUUCCUAUUAAUAA